AUGUCACGUUUCAAAAACGAGGUCGUGGAAAAGGACUUGUUCAGAGUUUUGAAAGAGAAAUUUGGGGAUAAUUUAAAUAAUUUUAUUUGGGAAAAAAUUAGAGUUGUUGCUGGAGAUAUUAGGUGUGAGAAUUUGGGCGUAAAAGACUCAGAUUUAUUGGAAGAGAUGUGGGAACAAGUUUAUAUCGUGUUUAAUUUAGCUGCCACCACCAAUUUUGACGAAAGAUAUGAUGUUGCCCUUGGAGUAAAUACCCUGGGAGCUGGGCACGUUUUCUAUUUCUCUAAAAAAUGCAAACAAUUAAAGGUGCUCGUUCACGUAUCAACUGCUUAUGUUUCUGGUGAGAAAGAGGGGCUUAUAUUGGAAACGCCUUAUAAAAUGGGGGAGACACUGAAUGGUACAUUUGGAUUAGACAUUGAUGAAGAGAAAAAAUUAGUGGAUGAGACCCUAAAACACCUAAAAGAUGAGAAUCACUCUGAAGACUUCAUUACAACAACCAUGAAAGACUUGGGAAUUCAAAGGGCAAGGAAAUUUGGGUGGCCAAAUACAUACGUUUUCACCAAGGCAAUGGGGGAGAUGAUGUUGGGGCAGUUGAAAGAACAAAUGCCUCUUGUAAUUAUUCGCCCCACAAUUAUAACCAGUACUUACAAAGAGCCCUUCCCAGGUUGGGUUGAAGGGAUGAGCAGGACCGUUGACGGCUUGGUCGUUGGAUAUGGUAAAGGAAGAAUAACAUGUUUUCUUGGAGAUCCAAAGGGCAUUGUCGAUGUGAUACCGGCGGAUAUGGUGGUUAAUGCAAUGAUAGUGUCGAUGGUAGCUCAUGCGAACGAUAAUGGCGGCAAUGAUAAUAUAUACCAUGUUGGCUCAUCUGUAUCAAACCCCGUGGAGUUCUCAUGGCUUCAAGAUUAUGCACUGAAGUACUUCACACGACAUCCUUGGAUUAACAAACACGGGAAGCCUGUGAUUGUUGGCAAAGUCAAUGUCCUAAGCUCAAUGGAUAGUUUCCAACGAUACAUGACCGUUCGAUACAUUCUGCCUCUCAAGGCUUUACAGUUAUUGAACAUGUUAAGCUGCCAAUAUUUUCAGAGAUUGUACAUUGACAUGUGCAGAAAGAUUAAGUUUGUGAUGCGACUCAUUGAUCUUUAUGGGCCUUAUUUGUUCUUCAAAGGCUUUUAUGAUGACAUGAAUUUGGAAAAACUGAGAAGAGCAGUAAAAGAAAGCAGUAUUGAGAGUAGCAUCUUCUAUUUUGAUCCCAAGAGCAUUAACUGGGAGGAUUAUGCUAUGAACAUUCACAUUCCUGGAGUUGUGAAAUAUGUAUUUGGGCAAAACCAAAGCAUGAACUAG